UUCAAAUGUAGGGAUAACAGAAUUAAAUGCGUUGAUGAUAAAUACAUAAUUUGUAAUUGAAAUUCUUUCAGUUGACUUCUAAUGUGAAUAGGUAGGAAUUAAAAAUGAUUUUAGAGCUAAUUUUGUUAAGUGUUUUAGCUAUAAUUAGUGCAGAAAAAGUGAGAUAUGACAACUAUGCGUUAUACAAAGUGAAUCCCGAAACUGAGGAACAAUUAAAGUUCCUAAAGGACUUGUAUGAGAAGAAUGAAGAAUAUGACUUCUGGAAGGCCCCUAGUCAUGUUGGAGAAUAUGUGAGCUUAGUUUCUCCACCUGAAUUGAAAGAAGAGCUAGAACAUUCUUUGAAGAAACGCAGUAUUUACUCUGAGAUGACAUUAAACAAUUUACAAGAAGCAUUUGAUGCCCAACUCUAUAGCAGAAGAAAGCGUGAUACUAGAGAAGGAUUGUACUGGACCAACUACCAAACAAUUGAUGAAAUAUAUGGAUGGUUCUCCGAUUUAGAAAGGAACAAUAGUAAUAUUGUCAGUGUUGUUACAAUUGGACAAACUCAUGAAGGCAGAAACAUCACUGGAAUCAAAAUAUCUUGCGGCUCUGGUGACCGAGUAUUCUUCUUGCAAGCCGGAGAGCUUGGCGCUGAUUGGCUCUCUCCCGUCAUCUUGACUUACAUUGCCAACGAGCUGAUCUUCAGCAAUGACCCUGAGAUUAAAGCUGCAGCCGAAGACUUUACCUGGUACAUCUUUCCGCUCACCAAUCCUGAUGGCUUCCAAUUCUCUCAAGAUUCGGUAAGACUUUGGAUGAAAAAUAGAAGGCCAAUCAGUACUGGCGUCAUUGGAGUAGAUUUGUCCAAAAACUGGAAUUCUCAAUGGGGAGUGAGCGGCGGCAGUCACUCACCUUCAGCAUCCAACUUUAUUGGUGAAGGACCUUUUUCUGAGCCAGAGACCAGACAGUUAUCCAAUUUCAUUGAUAGUGUCAGUUCGAAGCUCACUGCUUUUCUAUCGUUCCGGUCUUUUGGACAACGGUUCCUCAUUCCUUUUGCGCACUCCAAUGAUCCAAUUUACAAUUAUAAUGAAAUGGUAACUAUCGGCAGACGAGCAAUGGGCUCGUUAGCAGUUCGCUACAACACACAAUAUCUUGUUGGAACCUCAAGAGCCGUGCAUGAUGGUGCAACAGGAUCCAUAACAGACUGGGUGAAAUACCGCUACAGGCCACGCAUCGCUGCUACUUACAUGCUCAGGGAUACCGGCAACUCUGGUUUCUCCUUGCCUGUCAACCAGAUCACACCUACUGCUGAAGAGACCCUGGACUCUCUCCUAGCUAUCAUUAGAGAAGCUAAGUUCAUUAAUGUUCUUUUACUCUGUACAGUUGCUGGUCCGGUGGACAUCCAAAAAAUGUCGUUAAAAAUAAUUCCAAUAAUUUCAAUUUUAAUAUUAAGUGUAGCUAGUGAACCUUUCCGAUUUGAUAAUUAUACUUUAUACAAAGUUCUACCGAAAAAUUUGGAAGAAAUUAAAAUACUUGAAGAUUUGCAAAAUUCUGGAGCUGAUUUUGAUUUUUGGGAUGAUCCAGUACCGACUGCUGAUUACAUAAAUGUUUUGUCUAAGCCUGAAUUAAAGAAUGAUCUUGAAGGAUUUUUGGCAGCGCAAGGAAUUGAUUUCGUAAUUACUCUGCCAAACAUUCAAGAAUUGAUAGACAAAGAAAAGAAAAAACGCUACACAAGGAGCAAUGUCAAAACCAUGGAAUGGGAUGACUAUUAUACUUUAGAAGACAUAAACGAUUGGCUUGAUGAUCUCGCUAAAGCAUUUCCUGACGUAGUUUCAACUAUAGUCGGUGGAACAUCCCAUGAAGGCCGUAUUAUCAAAGGAGUUAAGAUUUCCCAUGGGCCUGGUCGUAGAGCCGUUUUUAUAGAAAGUGGCAUCCAUGCUAGGGAAUGGAUUGCACCAGCUACAGCUAAUUAUGUCAUUAAUCAGCUUCUGUAUAGCAAUGAUGAGGAAACUAAGGCUGCUGCGCAUGAGUUUGAUUGGUAUAUCUUUCCUGUGACCAAUCCUGAUGGUUAUAUUUGGACGCAUGUUGGAUACAGGCUAUGGCGUAAGAACAGACGUAAAUUCGGUGACGAAUACGGUGUAGACCUCAAUAGAAACUGGAAUGAUAAUUGGUUAGUGAUAGGAGCCAGCUCAAAUCCUGCCAGCAACACUUACGCCGGUCCUGGCCCAUUUUCUGAGAUGGAAACCAGAACUUUAGCCACAUACAUAGCGAAUAUGGCCGAUAAAAUAGACCUGUAUUUAUCUUUCCACUCUUCGGGACAAAUUCUUUUGCUGCCGUUCGGAAACACUACUGAACCGUUGGCUAAUUAUUAUGAUGCUAUGAAGAUUGGUAGACGUGCUUUGGGAGCAUUGGCGUUCAGACAUGGAACGCAGUACACUAUAGGCAAUAUUGCUGAAGCUAUAUACUUCGCAGCAGGAACCAGCGUAGACUGGGUAAAGGAACGUCUGAAAAUCCCUCUAUCAUAUUGCUACGAGCUUCGGGACCGAGGCGUCUACGGCCACCUACUCCCACCAGACCAGAUCUUACCAACUGGAGAAGAAACCAUGGAUUCUAUUAUUGAGAUGGUGUGGCAAGCCAAGAGAUUUGGUUACAUGAAAGCUAGUAACGCCACUGCUUUGAAACUUUCUGUUCUUCUUUAUUUGGCUGUGAUUGUGAAAUUGUUCUUUUAAAUGGAACUUUAAGGCUAUCAUUUCGUUGCACUUUUUGAAAUUUCUUAUUUGGGGUUUUCGCAGCAUGUAUAAAAAUACCCGGAUUAAUUCGUGUGGAAUCUACUGGAUACUUUGUUUUUGAUGUUGAUUUGUUUUUAUUAAUUAAAGUUUUGUUGUUUAA